UCCACUGGCCUCCUCCGGCUGCCGUAGUUUCCGCCGGCUCGUCGCCUGGCUACGUUGGCAACAUGGCGUCGUCAGAUGUUCACGUUCGAAUAUGUGAACAAGAAAUAGUCAAAUAUGACUUGGAAAUAAAGGCUCUUAUCCAGGAUAUUACUGAGUGCGCAGGACCACAGAGUAAGCUGACAGAACUGAAUGUGGAUGUCAAAAAUAGCUUCCACAGUCUCAGAUUGCGGAUUCAGGAUUUAGCACAGAUGGCGAUGGAACAGGACAAAGAGUCAGACAAGCAAGCUUUGUUGAAUCAGGUAGAGGGACACAGAAAACAGAUGUUGAGUAAUCAGACUGCUUGGAGGAAAUCCAACCUGGCCUGCAAACUGUCUAUUGACAACAUGGAAAAGCAAGCACUUCUGAACAACGCCAACAGUGACGUGAGACAAAGGAAGAUGACCAAAGAGGGGAUGAGCCAAACAGCCAGUAGCAUUACUGAGAAUCUGAUGAGUAUCAGCCGAAUGAUGGCCCAGCAGGUUCAGCAGAGCGAGGAGACCAUGACCACACUAGCCACCUCCUCAAAGACAAUCCAAGAGACCAGUGAUGAAUUUAAGGCGAUGACGGGGACCAUUCAGCUUGGGAGGAAGCUUAUCACCAAGUACAACCGCAGAGAACUCACUGACAAACUGCUUAUUUUCCUGGCGUUAGCACUUUUUCUUGCCACAGUUCUUUAUAUCCUGAAGAAGAGACUGUUUCCUUUCCUCUAGACUGCUGGCACAGUGUAUUCAGUCUACUGUGUCCUCAAAUGUCUCAAAAUCUCUAAACCUUCACCACACUUUACCUCCUGCUGUAUAGACUGAACAGUGUCCUAUAACAUGACGGUAAACUGCACAGGUUCAUGCAGUUUUAUUUAUAGAAUUAUUUCAUGUACAUGAUGUUAAUUAUACAAUCGAAGGACUUGUUUUUUUCUGUCAGAAUACCAGGGUACCUCAAAAAGUUCUCAGCCUCACCCAGAAACCGUCACAUGAGAAAGAUUCUUGCAUUAGUUUUCAAAAUAGUCUCCCUUAGCUCCAGUGCACUCGGUCCACCAAUGUUCAAGCUUCGCUAUGCCUUCACACAAAGAAGGUCACAUCUUCAGGAAGGUACACCUUUUGUUUCCAGGUGGGGCUAAGAACUUUUUUACUCAUAUGUACCUGUAAGCACAGCAAACUGUGCCAGUUGUGUAAGUGAUGCUGUGCAUUGCUUUUAUUGAGGUUGGAUGUGAGGUGAGAUCGUUGGCUCAUUUUAACAUUUUACAUUUCUAGGAAUUUCUGAAAGAUUUCUUUUUUGUAUGUGUCAAAAGU